CCUGGGGGCUGCGCGUGCCGGCCGCGGCAUUCCCGCUGCCCGCUCGGCGCGCAGCGGCCGGGAAUGGGGGGGCUGCCGCCGCUCUGCCCGCGCCCCGCGGCUCCGGCGCCGCCUCCUCCUCGCUCGGCCUGAAGCGCGCUCUCACUCGUGGAUCCCGGCGGGGAAGGGGCCAUGGGCCGCCUCCCCGAGGCGCGGCGGCUGUGAGGCGGCCGGCGCUCGCUCGGGGAGCGGUGGGGAGAGGCUGCCGGCGGCCGGCCAGGCUGCGCCGGGGAAGGGAGUGCCGCUCGCAGCCGGCGGCGUUCGCGCAGGCAGCACCUCGGUGCCGGUGACUUGGGGGUGCCGCUCCCCGCCCGCGCCCGGCCGCGGCGGUGGAUGGAUGCGCCAUGGCCACGCUGGUGUGCCGGGUGCAGCUGCUGGAUGACACCGACCCCUUCAACAGCACCAACUUCCCCGAGCCCACCCGGCCGCCGCUGUACACCUUCCGGGAGGACAUCCCGCUCGCCACCCAGCUGGCGGGGGUACACCGCCUCCUCCGCGCCCCGCAGAAGCUUGAUGACUGCACUCUUCAAUUGUCUCAUAAUGGUACCUAUCUGGAUCUAGAGUCCACCCUAGCAGAACAACGAGAUGAACUAGAAGGCUUCCAGGAGGAUGCUGGGAGAGGGAAGAAGCACAGCAUAAUUCUGAGGACCCAGCUCUCUGUGAGAGUCCAUGCCUGUAUUGAAAAACUUUACAAUUCCAAUGGACGGGAACUGAGACGGGCACUUUUUUCCUUGAAACAAAUAUUUCAGGAUGACAAGGACUUGGUUCAUGAGUUUGUUGUUGCUGAAGGUCUGACUUGCUUAAUCAAAGUGGGAGCAGAAGCCGACCAGAAUUAUCAGAACUACAUCCUGAGAGCUUUGGGCCAGAUAAUGCUUUAUGUUGAUGGCAUGAAUGGAGUGAUAAAUCAUAAUGAAACCAUCCAAUGGCUGUACACGCUUAUUGGCUCAAAGUUUCGCCUGGUGGUAAAGACAGCACUGAAGCUGCUGCUGGUGUUUGUGGAGUACACAGAGUCCAAUGCACCGCUUUUGAUCCAGGCAGUAUCGACUGUGGAUGAAAAGAGAGGAGCCAAGCCAUGGUCCAACAUCAUGGAGAUACUGGAGGAGAAGGAUGGGGUUGAUACGGAACUACUGGUUUAUACGAUGACCUUGGUUAACAAGACGCUGUCAGGAUUGCCAGAUCAAGACUCUUUCUACGAUGUGGUGGACUGUCUGGAAGAGCUAGGCAUUGAAGCUAUUUCACAGAGACACUUGAACAAGAAAGGAACAGACUUGGACUUAGUUGAGCAAUUUAACAUUUAUGAGGUGACCCUGAGGCAUGAAGAUGGAGAUGAGAGUGCUGAGCCCCCUCCCAGCGGGCGCAAGGAUCGGAGGAGGGCCAGCCUUGGUGCUGGUGAGCGCAGGGGGCUGGAGCGCCGGCGGAGCCGCAGGCACUCGGCACAGAACGUCAAGAGCACUUUAUCAGCCCCCGCCAGCCCCUGCGGGCAGUCCAGCUUUGUGCUGAGCCAUGGGCAGCGCGUGGAAGAGCUCAGUGAGAGUGGGCUGACAGCUGAGAGCCCCACGGUCUUACAGGCUGAUAACAAGGAUGACAGUGCAUUUGAGGACGAGUUUAAAGCAUCUCCAGUAGAGGACGAGUAUGAAGAGGAGGAAGAAGAACAGCCAGUCACAGAGCCCAAUACUGAGGAUGAGGGGGAGGAAGAGGCCAAUAGGCAGGUCAAAGCCAGUGAGGUUCCAGAUGUGCAUGAGGCUGUGAAGGAAAGCUUUUCACAGUGUUCUGACUCUUCAGCUGUCUCCAGUGCCAUUUCUCCAGCUGAGAGGCUUCUCACCAUCUCUAGAGCAAAGAGCUUUUCUAGCAACUCCUCUUCUGUGCCUGACUCAUGUGUCUCUCAUCACAAUUCUGUCCUUUCAUCACCAUCUUCACCUGCAACAGCAUUGCUGAGCUCUCCCCAAAAUUCCUCAGCACCCAUUACUCCAAAGGCAUCUCCAACAGUGGAGAAAUUACCUUAUGUACCACACACUCCUUUUCACCUCUUCUCCUAUGACUUUGAAGACUGUCCAGCGUCUGUGAAAGAAAAGGAAGCAGAAAUGAUGAGGGAAAACAGAUACAAUAGUUAUGGCAGCAGCUCUUACUCUUCUCCACGACCUUACGCUGGCGUGAGUGCCCCUACAACACCCACUACUCGUUAUGGGACAACUCUGUUACCGCCUCAGGAGACCAAAUCUGACAGGCCAGCUUUGGGUGGUCUCCUUACAUCAUCUUUUCGGCAGCACCAGGAGUCCUUGGCAGCAGAAAGAGAAAGACGGCGUCAGGAGAGAGAAGAAAGGUUGCAAAGGAUAGAACGUGAAGAAAGAAACAAGUUCAACCGUGAUUAUUUAGACAAAAGAGAAGAACUAAGACAAGCAAGAGAAGAGAGAUACAAAUACUUGGAAAAGUUGGCAGCAGAGGAGUAUGAGAAGGAGCUGAAGAGUCGGACUGUCAGCCGAGGCAGAAGUGAGCUGUCCUUGAACCUGAGAUCUCCUUCAGCUCCAUCCUCACCUGUACCCAAGUGCAUCAGCCCAGCAUCCAUAGAGUCCCAGGAAGAGCUGAAGACCCCUUCCAUCCUGUGUGGAACUCCUCAGCCCUCAGAAGGCAAUGUCCAGGAUACAGUCAUAGUGAGUGCCAGUGAACCCGAACCAGAGACAGAGACAGAACCAGAACCAGAGCAGGAGGCUGAGGCUGAGGCCAAGCAGGGAACGGAGACACCCAAGGAAAUAGAGGCUACAGAGGUGGGACCAGAGAGUGAGGUGGAGCAAGGACCAGAGAGAGAGCCAGAAGAAAGUGCAAUACUCAGUGAAAAGGAGAGGCAGAAUGAGGAAGUGAAUGAAAAAGACAACUGUUCUGCAUCCAGUAUAUCCUCAGCAAGCAGCACUUUAGAGAGGGAAGAGAGAGAGGACAAGUUAACCAGUGACAAUGAAACUGGCCCAUGGUCACAGACCAUUCAGGAUGCUGGUGUGAAUGAGCAGUGCAGCAACAUCCUCAACAACAAGCGGUUUAUGCUGGACAUGUUGUAUGCGCAUAACAAAAAGCCCAAAGAUGAAGAGGAGAAGGAGCUGGAGGCGAAGGAGGAAAAGAAGGAGACGGAGGAAAGCGAGGAGUCACUCACUAGCCUAGCCAGCAGGAUCUCUAUUCUUCAGGCCACAAAGCAGGCCAAAGAUGAAAGUGUCAAAAAGAUGGAGAUUGGAAAUCUGGACAACCAAGGCAGUGUGAAAGCCUUUGCAGAAAAAUUUAACAGUGGUGAGCUGACUAAGGGGACAGCAGUGCCUGAAGAUGAAAUCAGUGAACAGGUCCCCGAGAAAACACCAGCACAGACAAAGAAGGAAUCUGAUUACAUCUGGGAUCAGCUCAUGGCUAAUCCUCGAGAACUUAAAAUCAAAGACAUGGAUUUUACAGACUUGGGGGAGGAGGAUGAUGUAGAUGUGUUGGACAUGGAUAUGGGUCCUGGGGACUCCCUUGCUCCCCCUCCUCCACCUCCACCUUCUUUUCUGGGUUUGCCUCCUCCACCGCCUCCCCCCUUGUUUGGAUGUCCGCCUCCACCGCCGCCCUCUGCUAAUUUAUUGGCUCCUCCUCCACUGUUCAGCACUCCUCAGGGUUUAGGGUCACCCCAGGUUUCUAGGGGUCAGCCAGCAUUUAUAAAGAAGAAGAAAACCAUCCGUCUGUUUUGGAAUGAGGUACGGCCAUUUGAGUGGCAGUGUAAAAACAACAAACGCUGCAGAGAAUUCCUGUGGUCGAAACUGGAACCCAUUAAGGUGGACACUUCCAAACUGGAGCAUCUCUUUGAGUCUAAAUCCAAGGAACUGCCUGUCACAAAGAAAACUGCUGCAGACGGGAAGCGACAGGAGAUCAUUGUGUUGGACUCAAAGCGAAGCAAUGCCAUUAAUAUUGGCUUGACUGUCUUGCCCCCUCCCCGCACCAUCAAGACUGCUAUUUUGAACUUCGAUGAAUAUGCCUUAAACAAGGAAGGAAUAGAGAAAAUCCUGACCAUGAUCCCCAGCGAGGAGGAAAAGCAGAAGAUCCAGGAGGCACAGCUGGCGAAUCCCGAUGUUCCCCUGGGCAGCGCUGAGCAGUUCCUUCUCACCCUCUCCUCCAUCAGCGAACUCUCCGCCAGGCUUCAGCUCUGGGCUUUCAAGAUGGACUACGAGAUAGUGGAAAAGGAAGUUGCAGAACCACUGCUAGACCUGAAGGAGGGAAUGGACCAACUGGAGCACAAUAAAACUUUGGGAUUUAUCCUUUCUACUCUGCUAGCCAUUGGGAACUUUCUGAAUGGAACCAAUGCCAAAGCUUUUGAGUUGAGCUACCUCGAGAAGGUUCCAGAAGUCAAGGACACAGUGCACAAGCAGUCCCUCCUGCAUCACGUCUGCACUAUGGUGGUAGAAAAGUUCCCAGACAGCACUGAUCUAUAUUCAGAGAUCGGGGCCAUCACUAGGUCAGCCAAGGUUGACUUUGAACAACUCCAGGAAAACUUAUGUCAGAUGGAAAGACGGUGCAAAGCAUCAUGGGAUCACCUUAAGGCUAUAGCAAAGCAUGAAAUGAAGCCAAGUCUAAAGCAAAAAAUGUCUGAGUUCCUUAAAGACUGUGCAGAAAGAAUCAUAAUCCUGAAGAUUGUCCAUAGAAGAAUAAUUAACAGGUUUCACUCAUUUUUGUUAUUUAUGGGCCAUCCUCCCUACGCAAUACGUGAAGUCAACAUCAAUAAGUUCUGCAAGAUUAUUAGUGAAUUUGCUCUGGAAUACCGCACCACCAGGGAACGAGUUCUGCAGCAAAAACAGAAACGAGCUAACCACAGGGAAAGAAACAAGACCAGAGGCAAAAUGAUAACAGAUUGGCAAACCGAUGAAGAAGAGGAUGUUGAGUCUGGCAAGUUCUCCAGCAGCUCCCCGCCCUGCCAGGGCCAGCCCCAGGGCUUGCAGUACGCCGAGGAUGCUGCCGAGCACGAGAACAUGAAGGCUGUGCUGAAGACCUGCUCCGUGGGGGCGGACAGCACCAUGGCACUCGGCAUCCGCACUCGAAGCCGGGCCAGCCGAGGCCGUAUCGGUUCGUGGAACGCUGGCAACGACGAUUCGCCAAACGCAACGGAUGACGCCGCGGAUGAGAUCAUGGAUCGCAUUGUCAAGUCUGCCACCCAAGUGCCAAGCCAGCGAGCGGUGCCUAGAGAGAGGAAGCGGUCACGAGCAAAUAGGAAGUCAUCAUUUCUGGGAAGUUAGGACAAAGAGGAGACAACAACAUGAGAAGGACACUAAAGAGUGGGCUAACACCAGAAGAAGCCAAAGCACUGGGCCUCAUCAGCACUUCUGAGAUGCAGGUUUGACAUCCCAGAGGUGGCAACAAGAAGAGCCGAUUAUCUGAAGCACACAGGCUGACAACCCUUCAGCACGGCCUUGAACUGCCAGCCUCCUCUGCUGCUCCCAACAUCCUAUCCUCUGUUAGUUCAAUUUUAAUAAGCAACAAAAUGCAAAACCCCACAUCCAGGGCAGAGGAAGGGUGUGCCACAGCUCAGCAUGACAUCCAGAUGGUAACUGAGGAAGCAUUUGAGUGUUCCUAAGUGAAAGCACAUGGCUUCUUCUUCUCAUGGCGUGUUGAUGUGGGUAGGAGGGGGCUCUCUAGGUUAUAUGUCAUUAUGUGAGCUGUGUUUACGUUGGCUUUCCUUGUGCCCUGUUUUAGUCAUUGUAAAUGUGUGGCAUUUUGUCAAUGCAAGGAACAGUCCUUAGAGAGGCAAAAUAACUCCUGUUACAGCAACCCAAAUUUUCCUCAAGCAGAUUCAUUAAGCAAAGAUACACAAUCUGUGCAACCCUGUGGUUUGUUGGGUAUUCUAUUAUUUUGCCUCCAAAGAAUGUAAAAAUAUAUGUGUACCUUUGUAUAUGUACAGAAUGAAUGUGUGGACAUGUGUGCAUGUAUCUGUACAUAUACAGUCAUGGUGUGAAAUCAUGCUUUUGCUGAAGCCAGCUGGACCAUGAUUUUCACUGUGGGGCCUUACUGUUCCACCUGGACAGGAGGAAAAGAAUGUCUUUUUCGCAGGAACUCAGUGUUGUUCAGUGUGAUUCACCCUGUGGGGCAGGCCAUGGCCUGCAAUACAAGUGGAGAGUUUAGGAUCCUGAAUUCAUGUGCAUUAAUGCACACUCAUACUGUGCAUAGCAGCAUGCACACAGAGGAGAGAACACAGUUCCUCCUUUUUGUUGAGCUAUGGUUGUACUUUGCAUUUGUACAGUUUCGGAGAGAUCUACAUCAACAAUUUUACAUACUCCAUAAAUGCAUUUGGAUGCUAAGAUCAAGAAGUUUUGUUCACUUGCCUGUGCCCUUCAUGCUGCUUUUCUCUGCUGCAAGACGAUGUGGUGGUGAUUUUAUUUCAAUUCAAUGAAUCUGAAUAUGAAAUAGCUCUGCUAAAAAGCCUGCUGUGUUUUUGCUAUUCUUUACUGGUUUUCUGUGAUUAUCCUUGAUACCAGUGGAGUGGGUACCACAAUAAACAGCUCCAAUAUGUUUGCCCUUAUCUCACAGUUUUAUAACUGACUUUUAUAACUGCCCUCAGCAUGUUGGAAGAACAUUUAGUUAACUCAUCUGCCUUUAAGUGGAGGACAUAUACAGCAGUGAAGAUGAACUGAACAGUCACCCUAGCCAGUGCUGAAGUAUUUUAAAGAGAACUGCAAACAACAAUAACAUAAAGGGAACUCUUUAAGCGAAAGUCUGUAUAUGUCCAAUAGAUCCUAAAGGAUGCACAAGAUUGUCUCUUUCCAUUGCCUUAGCCUCUAAGAUUAAGGGUAUGUCUGCAUAGCAGUAACAACUGAGACUUUCUUUAAGCUGGUUAACUGCAGCAGUUUAGUAAUGGUAGCAGGGUUCCAUUUUGGCUGCAAAACACACUUGGAAAAUAGAGUCAACUAAUAGUCUAUGCUGGGGUCCUAAUGCCAUAGCAAUGUUGCUUCUGGCACCCAGGCUAGGUCAGGUACUUCAAGUUAUUCUACUCUGCUCUCUUUAAGGACAGGAUAAUCACUGAAGAUUGUUCAAGAGAGUUAAACCAAACACAAUAAACCUCUGAAACCAUGGUCAUCCAUCACAUGCAUUGAGCACAGCAUCCAAGUGAUGACAGAGCCAGGGAGCUGGCAACACUGCAGUGAGACCUGUGGCUGAACACCCUAACUAUGCUGUCUACCGUCUUGAUUGUAACAUUUCAUUCUUUAUCUGCCAAUGCCUUGGAUCUGCCAUGGAAUAAAAAGUCACUAAUGAGCAAUGGUUCUUAAGAACAGCAUUGAGUUUGAUGUGGUUUUCCUCUCAGUUUGUUAAAAAGCUGAUUUUACAAGUAGACAGAAGGCAUUAGUUGGGUAAUCAAUAUAAGAUAUUGUGUAUUUGAAGGCUGUGGAAAGGAAGAAGCUGACUAGGAAACAGAAAUGGCAUAUAACUAAUUUCACUGAAAAAUAGGCAAGACCUAUGAGCAUCUAAAUUUGAAAGGGGAUCUUUAUGUGCUGCUCACCACUAUGAACUUUUAAAAUCUUGCUUAAGUAUGCUUAGAACAAAGAACUGAAGGUAAUGGGGGUUCGUGGAGGUGUUUGAAGUCUGAAACAAGAGGAAGACACCCUGAAUGUAAAUGGUCAUGUUGAACUGCGCUACUUGUUAGGUGAUAAAAAAAGCAAAAACACAACAAAGUACAUUUAUGCUGUCAGAGAUCCUAUAUUUGUUUGGAGGGAGAAAAUCAAACAAGUCUUUAAAAAUUAAUAUUUUAAUUAAAAUAUGCUGAAUGUGCAAAAUUGGUGACCACUUGGCUGUUAGUGGCCACUUUCUAACAGGGAACAAAUUUGUGUUUCAUUUAAGCAUAGUACAGCAUCUGUCUCUGAAACAUAACAUAGCUGGUGAAUUUGGGCAUAUGUAUUUUCCAAAUUGUGCAAAAAUUUUGCAAAACUUUAUAUGUUCCUUAUCAAGGAGAACAUUAAAUAUGGGGAAUAAUAUAAGUUGGAGUAAGUUCAGUGGAAAAAAAGGUGGUUUCUUUCAUAUUCUCUGGAUGUUACAUGUGAAGCAAAUUCUUCCUUUUCUGUUCUUCCAUGGCAUUUUUUUAUGCUCUUUAUCUGUAAAACUGAUAGCAGCUUUUCUGAGGAAUAACUUGGUGUUGUUUAUGCACUAGUAUACUGUCAGAUAAAUUCCACUGUCCUCACCGUUCACUGCAAUAAGAUCAUCAGACACAGUAUAGCACAGUAACUACAGGAGAGAUUUCCAUUUCGGUUCCUGAUAAAAAUUAUCAACUAAUCUGUAAGGGGACAGUAUUUCCUCCAGAGUGCCAGCAUGCCCUGACUGUGGGAAUAACAUUCAUCUAACUAGUGAAUUCCAGAUGAAGUAGAGGAAUUCAUGAUAUCUGUAUGCCUCUCUCUGUCUAGUGAGGUUAUAACCUUCAGGUUUUGAGCUGCUGCCUGCCCUUCCAGCAUUGGAAGAGCCCACCAUAAGGAUGUAACACUUGUUUUAAGACAAGUUUUCUGUGAUAUAUGGAUUGGUUUCUGACAAAUAUAAAAAUCUUGGAUACACUAUGUAGUAACACAUGUUCCCAUUUCUCACUCAGAGAUCCAUGAAGGCUGUUUUUAAUAUUUGCAGCCAUAAUAACUACCUCUCUUCCCUUUCCAAUAGAUACAGUCAGCUGCAAAUGCAGUGCACCGAGCACUGUGUCUGCUUGACUGCCACCAUAAUACCUUCCUGAUCUGGAUGCUGAGGUAAACUUUAGCACAUGAAAUAACCUCCAAAGGGAAGCUAUCCUAAUUUUAUUUCAUCUCACUUGAUGUUUAAAAACAGACUGCAUGCAAAUACUUUCAAUAAUCUCACUCCCAAGUGGAGAUAAUGCUCAGUAGCAAUUGCGGUGAAGAAACCCCCAGGGAAUGCUUGGGUGCCACACUUGCGAGUAAAAGAUCCCUCACAAAAGUUAAAUUCAUCACUCUUCACUUUUCAGUCAGGCCAGGCACCAGUCUCAUGUGUUCCAGAUGUUUUAUAGCCCCUUGGCUGCUAUGUAUGACCUUUCUGUUUGAUAGCUCCUUGUCCAUAAUCCAAAAUCAACAAAAAAAAAGGCUGUUUAAUGAGGGUCUUUCUCCCUUAAAUACUGGAAGCAGCUUCAAACAUGGUUUUAAAAAUACAUUUGUUUUUCUCUUUUGAAACCCUUUUUUAGUGAAUCUUUGCAGUGGUUGAUUCUGUCAGCAAAAUAACGCAUCAGUUUUUUAGAUAGACUUUGGCUUUAUAGCAAAAUAGAUAAUCACGUGUGAAUAUCAAGCUAUGGGUUAUUGUCCCAGUUCAACAGAAAUUUUGAGUCUGUCAUGAUGUGAGUGAACAGCAAGGGCCUCCUGUAAGGUUCUGCAGGACAGCACCUAAAAUCCUUGGUGCGCUGUGCUCUAAAUGUACCCUGGCCAACACUAAAAGUUAUUGAGAAAUUACAUUUGAGGACUUCAACAACCACCACAACCCUGAGGGGCACAAUGCUAUUGUAGGUGCAGCAGAUGGUUCCUUUUUUCAGGCAUCUGCCGUGUAGCAGCCUCCCUGGGGAUGUAAUCACAGCAAGUGGCUGUCCAAAAUGCUUUGGAAACCUUGUGGCUGAUGGCAGUAGUCUGUAUUAGGUUCACUGUGCAGCUGUGGUUAUUGCAAUGCUUUGAUUUCACAGAGAUUAAAUGGGAACAAGGUGCCAGCCCACCAGUUUCACAUCCUUCAUUCUUCAUCCUUCCACUGCAACUCAUGGGCAGGCACAUGCACUGCCUGCCUCUAUCCAAAAGAUGCAUGAGAACAUGGUGUUAGGCAGAAGAAGGAGCAUAUUCCUCUCUCCUUUUCACUCCUGUAGCUCACUGCACAUGUUCCAAUCCUCCCGUUACCUUCAAGGCUGGCUCAGUGCACUGGUGAGCAGCCUGACCCUGGGACACAGUCAGAUGGUGGCUCUGUGCUUGCAGCAGCAGGACACAAGGAACAUUUAGGCUGGAAGGGAUACAGAUGUUGAUGUUUGUCUGGAGGAAAAACUGCCAGGUUUACAGGCUCUGAAAGAAAAUAAACUGAAGUGUUUUGAAUGGCAAGAUGUUUGGUUGUAAGCAACCAUCGAAAACCAUUCACAAACAUUUGAACAGCAUGUAUGGCCCACCUUCCUUUGCUUCAACUGGGGCAUCAUCUGGGUCAUUUGGCAUUUCAGAUGUGACCCCAAUAAGUUUUUGGCAAGCAGUUUGAUAGUUAUAUAGAAAAGAGUUUCAGAGAUGUAUAGUUUGAUGUUUAUGCCAAAAAAAAAAAAAUCUAAUUAGUCAAUUUCACAUUGAGUGGCAAAUAGAGAUAUAUUUUGUUUAAUCACUAUCUAAUACAGAGGCUUCUGUGAAAGAAAAGGUUUAUUUGUAGCUUUGGAUGCAUUUCUCCUUUUUAAAGACUGUCUUUGCGCAUAUAGUGUCCUUUUUUUGUGAGCUGGGAAUUGUAAAAAAAUGUAAAGUAGAAGAGGACGUGUUUCUUAGACAAAGGAGAAAUACUGUAAAAUUGUGUAAAUGUCACUACUCAUGUUUUUCCAUGUUCUGUGUAGCAUAGUGUAAAAUAGGCUCUCCAGCAGUGUUAUUCUGUGAAUUGUAAUUUAAAAAACAAGCCAUGCAUGGUCAGAGAUAUUAUCUACAGGUCCUUUUGGUUGAGUUUUUGGUUUUGCUUGUUAUUUUCUCAUUUUAGGUGAAUUCAUUCUAUGUUAAAUUUAAUUGUCCAUGAAAAUGCAUUUUUGUUUCUGUUCUAUUUCAUAAAGAACUUGAAUUACUCUUUUAAGAUUUUAUUACACGUGAAGCUCACCUACCGUUUGUAUCGAUCCUUCAGAAGCUGUGUCACAUUUAGUAUAAACUAGGGGGGAUUUUAAUUUUAUCUGCCUCUUCUCCCCCACUCUUCCCACUUUACUGUCUGGAAAGAUCCAAUCACACCCUAUUUUUUUUUUUCUGUGCCAUGCAGGGUCAAUAUGGAAAACUGACCACAGACCAGUGUCCAAAAGUUCUUGAUAUAAGUAGUUAAAAAGCUCACCUCUGCAGCAUUAUGUAAACACAUCUUGCAAUAAAGCUUUAUAAAGCA